GCAUGAUGACAGAAAUAUUACUUUUCUUGCAGGUCCAUGGAGGCGGAGGGUAUGACUCCGACUUCAGUGAUGACGAGGGCCAUGGGGAGACGUCUCAACGUGGAGUGAAAAGGUAAGGGCCUGAUGACCAUAUACCAAUCUAAGCUCAAAUCCAAACAAUUAGCCUACUUCAAGAUAAACACAGAUGAGUAAAAAAUUCUUUUAGUUUUGUCAUUAAUGUUGACUUGCAGGAAACGUGAGGAUGAUCUACUGCGGAAGCCCUUUCAGAAAGGAAGACACACAAAGGUGGCACAUAGGGAUGUUGCUACUCAUGAAUAUGACAGGUACAGUAAAAGGUCUCUUUCAUAAUGAAGCAUCGUUGCCUGACGUCAAUUAUGUUUUCUGUUGGUGACUGCAAGUGUUUUGUGUUCCCACGCAGGGAGGAAGCCAGAAACAGACGUCACCACCUGAUAUCAAUGAAUGCUGUAUCCUUCUAAAUUGACGAUAUAGAGGUUUCACAAGUAAGAAAACUAUAAAAGGUCCCCCGUUGCAAGUUAGAGUACAUUGUGAUUAAAUAUUCAUGUUUUGGAGUGUGUAGCUGGCAGAAUAGCAGCAAAGUUAUCCCUGAAUGUGCUUCACCUAGCAACAAUGUUCAAUAUAUGUUUUAAUUUUUAAUUGAUGCCACAUUAAUUCAGUUCCUUCUUUUUAUGCAUGAUUUUAUUGUAAUUGAUUCCCUAACAAUUUACCUUCAGUUUGAGAGACAUAAAAAGUUUGUCAGUGACUACAUAUUGUAUUAUGGAGGGAAGGUGGAGGAUCUCAGACGCUCCACGUAAGUUUUGCUUUUGUUUUUAAUGUUGCCUAAUAUGUGGAGUAGAGAUCUUCAUAAUGAUACAUCUCUGUGUGAUAUGAAAAAAAUACUGACACGUCAUUUUUCAUUGGAAACCUAAGGGCCAAUGAUAAAUCGGACCUGGACGUGGUGCGUGAAAACCAUCGCUUCCUGUGGCGGGAUGAGGAUGAAGAAGAAAUGACAUGGUAAGUACUGUUAAACAAAAUACUUUUAUUUGCCACUGUUUGAAAUAUUGGUCACCAAUAGCUGCUCUUUUAUUAUCAGGGAGAAAGAACUAGCAAAGAAGUACUAUGACAAGCUCUUCAAAGAAUACUGUAUCGCUGACCUAAGCAGAUAUAAAGAAAACAAGGUAUGUGCUAUUUUGAUAUUUAUGUUUAUGUAAGUGUGCAUACAUAGUAUUCUAUUAGUAUUAUGUGAUUAAUGAGGAUGACUUUUCCACCAGUUUGGGUUCCGAUGGCGCAUAGAAAAGGAAGUCGUCUCUGGCAAAGGUAGUCUUUAUUACAUUUUAAAUUCAGAGACAUGUAUACAUUAUAAAUGUAUACAUUGAUGAAAGUUCUGUUUCUGUUUACUCGUUUGUUGUUUAUUCAGUUAAUUGCUUAUUCAGUUCACCAUUAAAAUUCCAAUAUGCAGAGUCAGAGACAUACAUUUGUACCUAUCAACCAACAGCUCUAUUCAGAAGUAAUUCAGAGCUCUACCACCAGAUGGCAAUAAAGGUCAAGACAUGUUUACUUUGACUCAGCUUUCAGGGGUUGGCAACCCUGUUCUUGUAAUACCACAAGGUAGGCACAUAAGGUUUUUAGUUUACCUCUUUGGAUUUUGACUGGGGAGAGAAGGAGGGUGAAAUGUAGCCAACCACUAAGAUUAGUCAGUAAGCUUAGUUGGUGAGUUGAUUUGUAUGAGAAAAGAUACUAACUAGAUUAGCGAAGUCUCCACUCCCCUAAAUGGAAACUCUCAUUAUGUUGAAAAUAAUCACCAGAGAAAUGUCUUUCUCAAAACAAAUAGAUGUAUGUCUGCCAUUGAUGCUUUCAAAUAAAUCUCUGUCUUCCCUGGUACUCAGGAAGUAACUACACAAAUAGAGUAGCCAUUCAAUUAUCCACUUGUAAAUUAUUUUAAAAAGCUUUGUGGGUGAUAGAAAGUAUAAAUAGAAUAGGUUAUUGGGACAUGCUACGAGGUGAGAGCACUCAGACACUUGAAGUAAUGCAUUGAACAGAAUGAUCUAUUCUUGCCACUCUGAGAAAGCUGAAUAAGCCAAUAUGCUGUACCAGAUUAAGUCACUAGCUAAUCCUGCCCUUGUAUUUUGAUUUACUGCUGUUCUGUAGGCAGUGGCACAGGAUUAAAAGGCUGACUCAGAUCAUCAAAGUUCACAGCCGAUGCUCUGUACUAUCAUUCCCUCCAAUAGGAUACAAUGACCAAUCCAUGACCUCGAAUCAGAUCAUCUACAUGUGUAAGAGUACGUCAGAGGGCAGUCAUGUUCUCUCUCUGGCCAAUGGUAGUCAUACUCUAGUUUCAUGCUAUCCCUGUGUCACAGGUCAAGUUGCUUUGGGUUAGGUAAAGUAUUGAUCUAAUCAUGUGUAAUGAACGUUAGUUACCCGUUUUGGCCAGCAACAACACUUUCUUACUAUAUACAAGGUUUUAUAGCAAGCCUUUUACAGCUGUUGUUUUUCCAAAGGGGUCAUAAGCCUUUUUUCACCCUCUAUACAGCAUGGCAUUCAUUUGAUAAGAAAAGGACCAGAUGCUUUUGUUAGAAGGACCGGCUUUCCUUAGGCUUAUGUCUCGGUCUUCUCCUCUCUGGUGGCUGUUCUCGUGUCUGCCGCAGGAGCGCUAGGGCCCCUAACACUCUUACCGUCUGAGUCUUAGCGUACUGUUUACAUGCCAUCUGUCUUUCUAUAUCUUCUGAACCAAGCAUGUGGGCUUAGCUAAGACCACGUCUGUCCAUCCCCAUAUGGCAGUGGUGUGUCUGCCUAAUUUAGCAUGUGACAAUGUGUGCUCCUUGAAACCUAGUUGACACUUCAACAAUGUGGCAACGAUUCAACAAUGUGUAUCCUAACUCAACACUGUUGCCAACCAAGCUGGUGUUUGGAGAAUCCCCAGUCUGAAGUACGUAGGGCCUACGUCAUGAUGAGACAGGAGUGUAAACUGUAGAAUCUGUCGAGACUGAAUGGGAUAAUGAGCAGCAGUAGUUCCGGUCUCUGGGUUUUCGUCUCUGGUUAUUUGGCUGUGUCAGGAUUGGGUUUGGCUGAGAGUUUCCUUUUUGCAAGGGCGGAGACUUCGCAAACCAGAACUCUCCAUUUCUAACAUGUAUAGACCCAGAACUUAAUCAGGCAACUGACCAAAUUACGCAAGAUUUUAGUUCUGGGAUAGCCGAGAUUAGUACACAUGUAAAGAUGUAUUGACCAAGCAAGGUCUGUAGUUAACCUUUCGACAUGUCUGUCUGCAAUCAAUUUGUAAUUCCAUGAGUUGGAUACUUUCUGUUCAAAGGUCACAGACAUGUAAACAGUAAAUGUAGUCAAAUAUUCUAAUCAGUUUGUUAUUUUGCUCACUUUGAAACAAUAGAUAUCUUUCAACAUUGUAACGUAGACGCAGGGAGUCAGGAAGCAGGUGCAGAUGGUGAGUUUAAUAAUAACGAACAUGGAGAGUACAAAACGAGAGAAGCGUCUGGACAUGAAAACUGAACCAAUACUGCCCGAAGAGCGAUGCUAGGGGGUGCUAGAUAAAGGGGAAGUAAUCAGGGUAGUGAUGAAGUCCAGGUGUGCCUCACGAGGUGCAGGUGUGCGUAAUGAGGGUUGCCAGGUGAGCGUCAUGAUGGGUUGCCAGGACCGGUGGUUAGUAAACCGUCGAGCGCCGGAGCGGGGGAGCGGGAGUAGACGUGACAAAUAUGCUUUUUCUUAUCGGGCAGACCCCCAAUUCUGAGCGUUAGGCCACUUAAUCAUGGUUGCCUCAAGUUCAACAUAGCAUCAGCAUUGGCUUUUAUAAACAAUAUUUGUGAAAUUAUUUAUGACAUAAUCAUAAUUUAUCUCUAUUAUGGCGAGAAUAGCUCUCAAACUCUAGGUGGCAUUCUGCCUUCUCCCUACCGUUUUCAGUGGGUAGCUUCGCCCACGACUCUAUGCUGUAGCCAGCCUUUCACAUUUUGAAAGGUUUUAGACUAUGCUGCAGUCCACCUUUUCGGAGAGGAAAAUAACUAUUCUGUGAUCACAAAAAAUAGCUUGCCUAGGUCCAUGUAACCAUCAACAUCUGAUGCCGUGAGUGCACCCUGCUGGUCAAAGGCGAGCGAUUAACUCUUUAUGUUAAUCACUCAUGUGAACUACAAUUCAGAAGCUGUGUUUUAACGUUUAGAAACGUCAGUAAUCAUUGCUUACGAUACGGCUUUCGAAACAUAUGGCCCUUAUCUUUCAUCAGCGAGAAAGAAUCCUUCAAAUAAAAAAGAUACACUUACUGAAGCAGUUUUGCACAGAUCAUACAGCUAUGGUUGCCUCCAUCCGACAAAACUACACUUCCUCUACAACUCCCGAGUUACGCUUAGACACAGGGGUUUGGCGCAUGCUAGAUGGCUAAUUAGCACAGGUGGUUGCCUCUGUCUUCUGUCUGUGUUCCGUAAACAAGCCCUGUAACGUGGAGAUAGGGUCGUGUGGGAACACUAACCCUAACCCUAUAAAGGUGUGUAUCAAUUUCACUUUUUGUUUUUUGAAAAUGAUUUCUCACUGUGAUGAAAGAUAAGGUCCUUAUGCUUCCAAAACCGUACCGUAAGCGAUGCGUGUUAAUGUUCAUACAGAGCGUCGAGGCUCUUAACAAAACUCCCCCGUACAGAAGACGCCUUCGUCCAAUGAUUCUUAUGUGUAAUGUAAUGGAACUGAGAGUCAUGAUCAAGGGCUAGUUUUGGAACAGUUGUUGGUGAAACUUUACAGCAUGUUUUGGAAAGUCAAACAGCAAAGAAGCCAGCUACAGUUUGUCCAAACUGGAAGGACACAGAGACCCAAGCCAUGGAUCCAUUCCAGUGAAGUCAUACACUGUAUGUCUAAGAAGGGACCUCUCCCUAGAGAGUAACUCACUUUUCAUUGCUUAACAUGCUUUAUAAUCACAGCUACCAGUCGUUCCACGAAAGUAGUGUAUUUUGGGUAGUGUAAAGAAAGAAGAAAAAUUUACGUUUAUUUCACCUAAUUAUAAUAUUAUGUCAUAAAGAGCACAUGUUCCACUUCAUAGAAAACAUGUUUUCUUAUCUCAAAAGGUCAAAAUAAGAACAAUGCCAAUUAAAGUAACAGGAAAAGUGGCAAUUAAAGAUUCAGGGUCGACUGUAACAGGGUUGAUGAUUUUAUCUUAAGGGGAAAUGGAAGCAUGUUGUGUGCAACAGGGAGGGGCAAUUGAAAGCAAGCUUAAUAAAACAAAACAAACAUUCUAGUCCAUCUAUUUAUGGGUAACAGGGUUGAAGUGUAAUGUUCAACACUCAGUUUUCUACCACAAAACACCAGAAAAUGACCAAAAAUAUUAGAAAGCUCACCUGCUUUUACACUGUGAUUUGAAUAUUAGAUGUUCAAUGUUUUUGCUAUUAAAACGAGAGUUCAGUUCACGUAACAGGGUUGACCUUAAAAUGUGGGACAAACGUAAAUGAAUCACUGAUCAUAUGAAAUAAAUAUUAAUCUUCAGAAAUGACUUAGUCAAAGCAACGACAUAGGGCAAAACUAGGGCUUUACAAUGAUGGUGAAAACUUGGAGAAAUGAUGGGGUUAAGUGGGUUAAAAUCUUCCUAGAAGUAAAAAAAAACAUGACGUGGAACAUUUCAAAAUGCAGAUUUCUUGACACUUCAGUAAGUCUGUGUUCAUAUAAAAAAUGUGAUGUAUUAAAUGUUCCAUGUGGUUUGUAUAAAAGGUCACUUCAUUUAAUAUAACAGGAUUUUAAAAGUCAAUAUUAGUGCACAACACUUAAAAUAUCAAAGGGACGCUGUUCUUGGAACGACUCGCCAACAUCCGAGAGAAUGGAGCCCUGUCUGGCAGAUAAGGGGUUAAUUAGCCUGCACGUGCAGCUCAUGGCAUGUAGCCAGCUCCAGCGGCCUAAAGUCACAUUGACACUGUCUCUCUAGAAGGGGCCUCUAACUCUAGUUGCUUAUGCUUUUCCAUUGGUGAGUAUAAUCACAGCUGUCAGCAUCAGAGAGAAUGGGCUCUCUUCUGGCAGAUAAGGUGGUAAUUAGCCUGCAUGUGAAGAAGGCAGCUCAUGACAUGUUGCCAGCUCCAGCAGCCUGGGGUCAGGUGAGGCCCAAGGACUCCUAAACAGCAGGAUGACAAGGAAAAAGGGCAGACCAGGCAGUACUGACUGCUCAUGGCACACUUUUCCUCCUGGGCAAUCUGGAGGAUCCAUCAUUAAGCCUGCUAAAGAUAAACCCAAGCUGUUGAUGGUCAGUCGGGGUUAAGGCAUGGCCACUGGCCAGCCCUCCUGCUUCAUGCUUCCUGCUGCAGGGGGAGAGGAGUACAAGGAGCCCUGAUGGUGUAAAAUAAGAUUAGACCGCAGCAGUAGGAACGUCGGCAGGUCAACCACAAGCCUUGACUGUUGGUAGGAAGAGAGGUCUUAUUCAUACCGCUUGACUUAUUACACAUUUUCUUGUGUUACAGCCCAACUACACACAAUACCGCAUAAGUGAAAACAUGUUUUUAGAAAUCUUUGAAAAUGAAAUAGAUAUAUCUAAUUGACAUAAGCAUGAACCAGGUUUUCCUCUAGGAUUUUGCAUGUGCUUAGCUCCAUUCAGUUAAUUUUUUAUCCUGAAAAACACCCCAGUCCUUAACGAUUACAAGCAUACCCAUAACAUGAUGCAGCCACCACUAUGCUUGAAAAUAUGUAGAGAGGCACUCAGUAAUGUGUUGUAUUGGAUUUGCCCCAAACAACAGAAAGUUAAUUGCUUUGCCACAUUCUUUGCAGUAUUUCUUUAGUGCUUUGUUGCAAACAGGAUGCAUGUUUUGGAAUAUUUUUUAUUCUGUACAGGCUUCCUUCUUUUCACUCUGUCAAUUAUGUUAGUAUUGUGGAGUUACUACAAUGUCCUAUCACAGCCAUUAAACUCUGUAACUGUUUUAAAGUCACCAUUGGCCUCAUGGUGAAACCCCUGAGCGGUUUUUUUCCUCUCCGGCAACUGAGUUAGGAAGGACGCCUGUAUCUUUGUAGUGACUGGGUGUAUUGAUACACCAUCCAAAGUGUAAUUAAUAACUUCACCAUGCUCAAAGGGAUAUUCAAUGUCUGAUUUUUCCAAUAGGUGCCUUUCUUUGUGAGGGAUUGGAAAACCUCCCUGGUGUUUGUGGUUGAAUCUGUGUUUGAUAUUCCCUGCUCGACUGAGGGACCUUACAGAUAAUUGUAUGUUGGGGUACAGAGAUGAGGUAGUCAUUCAAAAAUCAUGUUAAACGCUAUUAUUGAACAGAGUCCGUGCAAUUUAUUACGUGACUUGUUAAGCACAUUUUUACUCCUAAACUUAUAUAGGAUUGCCAUAACAAAGGGGUUGAAUACGUAUUGACUCAAUACAUUUCAGCUUUUAAUUUGUUAUUCAUUUGUAAAAAUCUCAACAAACAUAAUUCCACUUUGACAUUUUGGGGUAUUGUGUGUAGGCCAGUGACAAAAAAACUAAACACAGCAAAAUGUGGGGAAAAGUCAAGGGGUGUGAAUACUUUCUGAAGGCACUGUAGAGAUACAGCCAUGUUUAUGCACCUUUCCUCCAAUUGAGAGCUAAUUUGGCUUGAUUAGUAGUGACCUAUGUGAUAAUGAACUGCACAGGUGAACACACCCUUGUUGAGCUUUACAUUGGCAUUUCUCGCAUUGUUUUCAGACUAUCCUAUGUGCAUAAUGUGCCUUAAAAUAGGUAUAAUACUAGGUGACUUCAUAUACUUGAAAAUAUUUUCCCCCCAGUCUGUUCUCUUCAAUGAAACCUGCCCAGAUGCAGGUUUCUGAGGGUUUGCAAAAACCUGCAGAAUGCAGGUAGUCAUGAGAGUACAUUGAGUAAUAAUCUGUAUAGUGUAAAAACAUUGUCUCUCUAUUGCUCUACUCUGUGUGGUAUGGAAAUGCAGUUGAAUCCUGUUUCUAUUGUAUUGACACUGUAGGCCAGUUUCUGUGUGGGAACAAGCGCUGUGAGAAGGAGGAUGGCCUGAAGAGCUGGGAGGUGAACUUUGCCUAUGUGGAGCAGGGAGAGAAGAGAAACGCACUGGUCAAACUCAGUAAGAGCUCUGUUGUUUACUGGCCAUCUAAGCUAGGGCUGGGACUUUAAUCCUCGCUCCAGUAUUAUGGUGAAGCAAAUCACAUUCGGAAAGCCAGAAGAAUAACUCCCUUCUCUCAUUGUGAACCCUGAGGAAACACCGACAUGCGAAAUAAACAUAGUUUACUUAAAAGCAAAAGUAAAUGUAGCGAUAUCAAGCAGUCUGUCACAAUUAAAUUUCCUAGAUCAUAUCCUCUAUUCCAAUUGUUUGCCAUACUAACAGAGAUGGUAUUUUCUAGGACUCUGCCCCGAGUGCUCCUUCAAACUCAACUAUCAUCACAAGUAAGUUGAAUCUCUAAUUGUUCCUUGUCAGUUUAUCGUCAUCAUCUAUUGAACACAUGGGGUUUCUGGCCCCUUUUUGCACUGUCAAAAUGUCACAGUUAAUGUUUGACAAUUGGCAGAAUUUAAACAAAUGACUUUUUUCAGGAGAAAGGAGGUGAUCGCCAAGAGAAAAAUACCAAAGUCGUCUGAGGAAAAUCAAGUUGAGCCACAGUCAAAAAGAUCCAGGAAAGGCUCCAAGAAACACAAAAGCAAAAACAAACAUAAAAGGAGGCACAAAGGCAAGACUCCACCGUUUCAUAUCUUUGUACAACUAUGGCUAUAGGUAGACAAAAAUAACAGGCCAUGGUGAUAAAAUUAAAAGUGCUGAAGGUGUUUGUACUAAUGUCUUGAUGGUGUAAUAAUACACAAUUUUAGAAACAUUAGCAUUUGCCGACUCACACCCCAUGAAAAACUUGCACUGAGUAUACCAAACAUUAGGAACACCUUCCUAAUAUUAAGUUUGCCCUUAGAACAGCCUCAAUUCGUCGGGGCAUGGACUCUACAAGGUGUCGAAAGCGUUCCACAGGUAUGCUGGCCCAUGUUGACUCCAAUGCUUCCCACAGUUGUCAAGUUGGCUGGAUUACUUUUGGGUGAUGGACCAUUCUUGAUACACAUGGGAAACUGUUGAGCGUGAAAAACACAGCAACUUUGCAGUUCUUGGCACAAACCGGUGUGCCUGGCACCUACUACCAUAGCCCGUUCAAAGGCACUUAAGUAUUUUGUCUUGCCCGUUCACCCUCAGAAUGGCCCCCAUAUACACAAUCCAUGUCACAUCUGUCUCAAGGCUUAAAAAUCCUUGUUUAACCUGUCUCCUCCCCUUUAUCUACACUGAUUGAAGUGGAUUUAGCAAGUGACAUCAAUAUGGGAUCAUAGCUUUCACCUGGAUUCACCUGGUCAGUUUAUAUGUCAUGGAAAGAGCAGGUGUUAUUGUUUUGUACACUCUGUGUAUAGGCCUACUACGGUGUUGAGAUAUUAGGGCAAUUCCACGGAAACAGUGACACUGAGACUCAGAUUUUUCACUUUAAAAUGUAUGUCAAACAAAAACCAAUGAUUGCAAAGUUAAACAAACCAUACAACUUUAUGCACAAGGGCUACUUUCAUCUGCACUGUUCUUAAAGUAAAUUUGUUUUUGUAAAGUUUUCAGUGGAAAUUGUUAAAAGUAGUCCUUAUGAAUAGAGUUGUAUGGUUUGUUUAACUUUGCAAUCAUUGGUUUUUGUUUGACAUUUUAAAGUGAAAAAUCUGACUCUGUCACUCUUACUGUGGAAUUGCCCAUUACAUAAUAGCUGACUGAAAAAAAAAAAUCGCAACACUUUCUGCUUCUUAAUGACCCUUCAACGGUCAUGUUGCUUUUUGUUGUUGCCAAUGUCAGCUGCACAUAGUUGGCUGUCCAAGUUAAACUGACUGAUCCCUUCCUGUGUUCCCCCUGCAGACCGCUCCUCCCCCAGUAACUCUGAGGACGACUCCCAGGAUUCAGACAAAGGUACCGUUCAUUCUCACUCUCCACCUCCCUACCAAGUCAAGCAGUCUAUUAUUUCGGGGGCAGGCAGACCGGACUGGCCCUAGUGUCCACAUCCAUUACAGGUGCCUUUAAAUACCUUUUAAAAUGUGUGCAAGCUUGGCCCUAAAGCCUCAGGGGAGUAAUCUCUGCAGAAAGUCAGACAAUGGUCAUGCUUUCAUUGCGGCUUCAAUCUGUUCACGCUGUCAGCUGCACUUGAAGUUUGGGCCUGCUUACCCUUGGUUGUCGGUUUAACAUAAAUAAAAGCAGUCAUUGCACACGAAGGCCAAACUCCAAGGCGCAGACCAAGGGCCAUACUCUUAUAAGUUUAAGUCGGACAUGACUCUUCUGACCCUCUUCAAACCUUAAGCGCUGUACCUAUUUUCUAUGUGCUGCAGCAAUCCCUCAGUUGAAGCUUAUGUGUUUGUUUAUGAAAGCAUUAUGAUUGAAUGUAAUGCAUGAAAAUCUCUCCAUGAAUAACAUUUUUCUGAUUUAUAUUGUCUCCUUCCUGCCCUGUAGCAGAGGGAGAACACAGUGAGGAGCCAGAUGGCCUGUCGGAGGCAGACCACUGGAAAGGCCCAGCCCCCACCAUGGAGGAGAAGUCCAGGUGAGCUUAGCACUCCCACAUUAGCUCAUCCUUACAAUGUCCUGUUAGGCCUUUGGCCACUAAUACCAGCCAUUUAAACUUUGAUCGGACUAUUUUCUGUCUUCCAGGGAGGAGGAGUUUGACAAGUACUUUGAGGACAUGUUUCUUUGACCACCCUGGCCUUGGGUUUCUGCCAGCAAGAGUCUACGUGUUCGGACAUUGAUGUAAUUGAUUUGGGAUUAGACGUUGUCCUCGUUGAAUAUUUGAGUUUAUCUGAAGCUAAAUAAAAUCGCUAUUUUUUAAAACCGGAGCUUAAUUUCAUUAGAACUGAAAUAGACUACAAUAUGCUUAAAGUGCCAUGUAAAACCACUAAGAACUCCCAAGAAAGAUCCAUCUCCGAAGAAAACUAGAGGAAGGAAAACAUUAAACCAUGGUAGUAGAGAGAGACCAAAUAAAAGCCAAGGCAUUGGAAAGUGCAUGUAUUAACACAUCAUUAAAGUUCCUCCUGUAGGGUUAUAGUUAACCAAUGUUCUGUCUAUAGGGUUAUAGAUGUCCAAACCAUAUGAACCAAUGUUACAGAGUUCCUCAGAUGCUGUAACACUAGGAUUAGGAAGCUGUGAAUUAUGACCAAAGUGGCUCGGUGUGCUCUUUUCGCCAGGAAAUUCAGUUGUGUGUCGCUUGCCCAGGGAUUAGACACAUUGGCUUGAAUCUUCAGUAAUUACUCUCUCUUCUUUCUGAAGGAGUCCACAGGUACACUGAGUUAACGCAUGAUAACCGUCCUUGCAGGUAAAGAGGAAGUCAAUCAUAGUACCUAUUCUACUAUAUUCUACUCAAUGUUUCUCUGUGCCAAUAAAUAUGCCCUACUACCCAAUUAAAGAGUUUGGAUCUCAUAUCACAAUACUGUAGGCCUAUGUUGCCACAGGUCACAGACAUAAGAUUGCAUUGGCUUUAUAAUAUUUUGCUUUUUGAAUUGUCCUUGAUUGAAAAAUAUACACGGUCUUACCCAUCUGUCAUAUAGUAAAUGCAGUAUACUGUAAAAACGUGC